AUGGAUAGGCACAUCCAAAUCUUCCUUCACAGGCUAUCCUUCGCCUCCAUCACCAUAGCCACCCUCACCCUUCUCCUCCUCUUUCUCCAAACCCCGCAGACCUGCGUUCCCCCCAACUCCCCUCCCAAACCCCACCUCAAAUUCCCCAAGUCCACCUGCGACUCGUCCCCACGAGAGCUCCUCCCCCUCGACAAGAAGAACCGCCGCCUCUGGUCCUCCAGGGCCUGGAAGUCCCAAGUCUCUUCCUUUUCUCACUUCUUCACCUCAAUCCGCCAUCUGGGUCUCCUCCAUAACCACUCCAAAGUCCUCUGCGUCUCCGCCGGGGCCGGCCACGAGGUCAUGGCCCUCUCCGAACUCGGCGUUUCGGACGUAACGGGUGUCGAGUUGGUUGACUCGCCGCCUCUGGUGAGCCGGGCCGAUCCGCAUGACUUGCCGUUUUUCGAUGGUGCGUUUGAUUUUGUGUACACUGGGCAUUUGGAGGAGGCUCUGUUCCCGGCGAGGUUCAUUUCAGAGAUGGAGAGGUCGGUGAGGGAUAAUGGGGUGUGUGUGGUAGUUGUGCAAGAGUGUGGGCAUGAGGAGGUGAGGGAGAUUGCGGAUUUGUUUAGGCAUUCUUUGUUUAUUGGAGCGGCGAAUGUCAGUUUGAUUGGAUUGAGAAUGACAAGGAUUGUAAUGAGAACUAGUGUUAUCUUGAUCUCCUAAGCACCAUCAAGACAGAGCUCAACAGCAUGAAAUUGUAGUAAUAAUUCAGAUAUCACCAAACGCACGGAUUUCGGCAUGUGAGAUCAACAUUUACUAGUACCUCAACACAUAAAAUGGAGGUAUGCCAGCUGAUCCCAUCUUCUGCAGGCGACUUUCAGGUUUUCAUAUCAUACCUGAAGCAGAGGGACUGCAGGAUUAAUCUAGAUUCCAGUUGUGAAUUCCGUUUGGGUAAGGCUUCUGUUCAUACUUCCCGACUCGCAUGAUGCAUGUUCCAUGCACGCCAUUGCACCAAAAUCCUCCGAUUGCGUCAUUGCUUUGGUUUUCCCCAAGGAAACAGACUUGGAAUGGGCCUAAUAUUCACAGUUUAACUGGGUGAAGCUUUUUGAGAGCGGAGCUGUUCAUCUCCAGAGAAUGAUAUUUUCAACACUUUCAGAAUGGUGUUAUGGCUUGCAAAAGCAAGUCAUUUGGGCAUGUUGAAUUCGAUACUAAUUAGAGAGAAUCCAUAGUUUUGAUACUUUUAUUCUGCUUUGCAAUUUUGUAGUUCCUGCAAUCAGGUUUAGCCCAGCUGCACCCAGCAAAAGAAGAGAAGAAGCAUAUCACUCUCUUCUCUUGACUAAUAGGUGCUUCCUACGGCAUACUGAUAGUUACUGUUCCAAGUAUUUUCUGGUUAUUUUCAGGAAUUUUAAGUUGGUGCGUAGGGAGUACUGUUAGUCACUUAAAUCUCCUGCUGUGACCU